GGUAACUCCGUUAACGCAGGCAGACACCGGUACUAAUCGAAUUGAUGACAUCUGUUCGGAGCGGAAAGGGCCAUUGAUGCUUUCCUGUGUGCUGCUGAUCUGGUUGAUUUCUAGGGUUUGAAGAUCUGGAUGGGUUGGUCUUUCUCGUGCGGUGAUGUCCACCUUGAAUUCCAUCUUCAAUCGAGCCUCCUUCGGGACGAGAUGGAGGGACAUUUACUGAACUUGUUGUCAUGGCUAUGUCCGAAUAUCUGCAGCAAGACCUGCUUGAAUCUGGCUAUAUCACGAAUUAAAUUACUUCGAAAUAAGAGAGAGUUGCAGCUCAAACAUAUGCGCAAGGAAAUAUCUCAGUAUAUUCAGACUGGUCAGGAAGCCAUUGCUCGAAUUAGAGUGGAGAAUAUCAUCCGUGAACAAAAUAUCCUGGCUGCCUAUGAGAUUAUAGAACUAUUCUGUGAAUUUGUUCUUGCACGUGUUCUGAUUCUCGAAACCCAGAGGGCUUGCCCAGUAGAAUUGCAGGAGGCUGUUGCCAGUAUCAUCUUUGCUUCUCCAAGAUGUUCUGAUUUGCCAGAGUUGCUCCAUAUCCGAAACUUAUUUUCUACAAAAUAUGAGUUAAAGGUAAAGGUUUUAAAAGCAAUUGCACAAGAGCACAAUCUAGAGUGGGACUCAUCAGACACUGAAUCAGAAUUAAAUAAAAAACAUGAAGACUUGCUGGAUGGGUUGAAUCAUAUGGAGUUGCAGGCACCUGUAAUUGAGAGCUCCACUAAUCCUUCACCCAGGGAUGUGGAGUAUUUGUUUCAUCUGAUAAAAGAGAAGCCAGAUCAACUGUCACAAUCUCCUGCCCCUUCGAUUAAUAGCCCUUCCUUGCUCACGAACAAAACUUCUUCAACUGUUGCUGACAAACAAGAUGCAGCAACUAGUGAAACCGAAGCACCAUCUGUUAUCCACAGAUCAUGUUCAAGUCGAAGUUCAUCUGAUGUCUUGGAGAAAGCACGAGCUGCUAUUGCUUCGGCCGAUCGUGCAUCUGCUGUUGCACGCACUGCUGCUGAGCUUGUGAAGGUCAAACUGCCUCACCAAUCUGGCAAUUUCAGCCAGUGCAAUUAGGCAGACUGUUAUUUGCUGGUUGAACUUUAGCAAGCAAGAUAAAGCUUAAAAGGAUCAAGAGAAGUCUAUUCUCUGAUUACUUUAUCAAUGUAAUGUGUAUCUACGACUGUAUGUACAAUAAAUGUUAUCAUCCGAUAAAUCUUCAGAGAAGACCCUGUCAGUAUUGGAAGUUAAUAUUGUCAUUGUAAGGUAUGUUAAUGUUAGACGAGCUUUUUUGAGGUUA